CAGUAGAAGCAUUAUUAGAAGCGUUUGAAAUAUCAUUAAAAGCAUUAGAAGUAUUAUUAAAAGUAUUUUUGAUAGAUGUAUUGUUAAAAGUGUUGUUGUUAGUAUUAUCGUUAGAAGCAUUAUUAGAAGUGUUGUUGAGAGUAUCAUUAUUAGAAGCAUUAUUAGAAGU